AUGGCCCAGAACUGGGUCGAGCGCUCGCUGCUAUCGACCCAGCACAACGGUACCAACUGCCCCUUCGCCUUUAAUUGGCUCACAUCUGCCAGCGACGCUGUCCGACACGACGUCGUAAUCACCCAAAACGACGAGGCGUUCACCACCGGCAAGACCAUCCCUACUGCUCUCGCUCGGAUCAUGGGGGUGUAUGACCAUGCGGAUCAGCAGCGAUGGGUCGUGGUCAACUGGGCGACGCGCUCGGCGACGUGCACGUGCGGUAUACCCCGCCAGCAUAUGCUACCGUGCAAGCACGUCGUGGCAGUGUUGGAGAAGGUCCGCGCGAGCAACAGGGUCAAGGACCUCGCUGGACCUCAAUAUCGCUCUGCGUCUUGGCGACAGGCGUACUCGGUACCCUUCGCCGUCAUUCUGACCGACGACCUUGCCACCCUCGAGCACCUACAACCCUUUCCGAUCAGGAUGGCGCAUGGGCGGAAGAGGCAGAAGAGGGGGACGCGAGGGGUCAGGCCGACCGAGGCGAGUCAGCGGGAGAUACCGGCGUUUGGGGGACAGGGGAAGAGGAGGGGCAGGCCAGCGGGUGCGCCUCAGCACUGUGCCCGGUGUAAGAAGGAAGGUCACAAUACGCGUAAAUGCCCCGACCCCGCUUUCGAUGACCGCUACGCCGCUUUCUUCUAA